UAAGUUUCAGUUUCGGAAUUCCGUGGCCGAUUUGAAUUCGGUGAAUUUGUGUUGUUGUUUUCUAUAAUAAUUUGAAAAUCGAAAUGCAAUGGCUUAGUAUUCAGUUAUUCUUAGUUAUUGUUUACAGUGUGUCCUUCUCCAGGUGAAACAUGAUGCCAAUUUACAUCUACACUAGUCAAUUCAAUUAUAUUUUUGACAUUAAGAAUUCCUUAAAAUUAAAUUGAAACAUCUGAAGAAGAAGCUGGGAAAUAACAAGAAAACAUUUAUUGAUUGAGAAAAAAAAAUCAAGCCUAAGAUCCUGUCCACAAUGUCAAUAUAUGAAGAAGCUUUCUAUUUGCCAUUCUGUAUAUUCAAUGCUGUCAUAGAGUAUAUAUAUUUUGUUAUAAUCCAUAUUCAAAAUAAUGGCCCUAAACCAAUUGUUGAUAUUCAGAGACACCUAAAAUUUUUUAAGUAUGAAGUUACAAAGUUUGUUCAUAUAUUCCAUGGUAAGGAUGAAGUCGAAAAAUGUACAAACAUGCUGUGCAUUGCUACUCCUGUAUUUUAUUCAUUUAAUGGCAUAAUGUAUCUUUCAAAAGAUUUUCGUCAUUUUAAGCAGCGUAUAUAUGAAGAUCUUAUAUUAAGUCAUACAACAGAUAUCAUUUUAAGGGGAACUAAAAAUAUAUCGGAAGUCUGUAAAAUUCUUAAUGUUAAUAAUUUGAUUAAAAUUGAUAAAGACUCUCUUUUAUCAAUUUUGCGACAGUAUUCAUUUUUUUAUGAAGAUAGAAAUGAUUCAAUAUUCAUACUACCUUACAGCUGGCUUGAUAAUUUUUCUGAUGCAUUUAAUGGCGUUGAGCAAUACUUUAUGAGCAUUUUACAAAAUGUAUUUGUAAUGACUUUUGAAGAUGUUAAGAUUCAUAGUCAAUUUGUUCCAUCAUGCGGAAUUCACUCGUGUUUGACAACAUUCUGCAUUCUUGCUGCCAGUCCAAUUUUUUAUUGUAAAAAUAGUAAUGUUUACCUAAAUAUUAAUGGAAAAAAGAUGAAGACUCAAAAGCAACAGCUUGGUGUCAUAAGAUUAGAAACAAGUUAUUUUUUAUCUGGUAUAACUACUUGCCUUUUGGUACGUCUCUUACAUGGAAAGAAAUUGCAUAACUGGGUCGGUGAGGUUAGUAAUGUGAUGAAAAAUUAUGGAUUGAUUUUUUGUAAUGUAUACUUUAAGGAUUAUUCCUAUGAUAUGUUUGUUGUUUAUUUUCAUAAAAGAACUUUGAAGUCAAUUAGUGAAAUAAAAAAUUUAUCAAGUUUAAUAUCAUUUCGUGAUACUGUUAUGUUUGAUGCAGAGUAUUGUGAAGGUGUUGGCGGUAGAUAUUAUCAAGCAACAAAAAUAAAAGUAAUAAAACAGUCUUUUAAGCAAAACAUAUCUACUUAUGAAGCUGAUGUUGAUAAAUAUAAAGAAUGUGAAUAUAAUUCAUUUGAAUUAAAUGCAAUAGUUAAAACUAAACUACAACAGAAAUGCUCUUGUAAAUAUUGCAAGUCUGAAGGAGUACAAAAUUUCUCAACUGAAUGCAUUCCAAAUAACUAUGAUGAAUUUGUCGAAUUUUUAAAGAAAUCCUUUAAUUUUUCAAACAAUGAAGUAAAUCUAAACCUUAUGGCGUAUCAAAGUCAUUGUUUCACUUCAAAUUCAUCUGAAGCAAAGAGUAAUCUUUCUUUAAAGAUAACUGAUUCCAGCAAAUCUGGAAAAGAAAUUUCGAGCUUAGCUAUCAAAUAUAAUGGCCUAUCUUGUUCAAAUGAAACUUCCAAAUGUGUAAAUUACGCUGAAACAGAUGGCAUCAACAAAGAACAAAAUGCUUUUGAAGUUAAAGUAAAAAGGCCACUUAAUCAGGUUUCAAGGGAAAACUGUAAAAAAAGUCUUAAUUUUUCGGUUUUACAUUAUGCUUUUCUUUUUGGUGAAAUUGAAUCAGCUUCUAAAGAUUUUGGCAUCAUAUAUGGCUCUACUGAUUAUAAUUCUUAUUCAGUCUAUUUUCUAAAAAAUGCACUUGUUUCACUUGAUGAUAAUGUGGUUCUCAAAGAUAUAAAGAGAUUUGACACAGUGUUGGCUUUGGUGCCGAACAUUGAUGAAGACUCUUGUCCUGUUGCAUCUUUAGUAUUUUUGCUGAAUUCAAAUGAAGUUUCUUUAAUUUUGAACUAUGAAAUCUGCCCAUCAAGAUUUGUAUUUGAUUAUUUUGUACCCCGAAUUAAAGCAAAAUGCUGUAAUCUUCUGUGUCAUUUUGAUCUGAGCCAUGCAUUAACAUUUGAAAUACCUUUUAAAUUUGUAACAAAUAUGUUAAAUGAAGUAAGAAGAAUUUCUUCAUUAUUUUUAAUGUCUUUGGCAGACAUUUGUAACUUAAAUGACAAAACAAAGGAGAAACUUCAGACUCUCGUAACGACUGUUAGUAGAAAAAACUUGACUAUUGGAAACAGCAAAUCAUUUUCGACAGUAGCAUCUUUGUUUCUGUUUAUGUUUUCAUUUGUGGAUAAACAUAAGCUAAAUCAUAAACGCUUCAAGAAAUGUCUGCAUUACAAACGUAUGUUAGAGAAAAAUAAUGGAAAACAGACUUUUCAUCAGAUAAAACGUAAAUAUUGUUCUAAGCAAUUGACCUGUAAAAUCUCAUUCUCGAAAGAUCAUGAUAAUGAUAGUUUGAAACUUAAAGAAACUGUUCCUAUGAAGCACUCUAAUUCUAUAAAUUGUUUAAUGCCAAAUAUUGAUCAAAGCAUUUCGUUUUGUAAAAAUGUUAACAGCAGCUGUAGCAGUUUAGGAUCAUAUUUAUCUUGUGCAGGUACAUCAUGUAUCAAAUCAUCAUCAUCCUGUACAUCAGAUGAUUCAUUUUAUUCUUGCAAGUCAUCUUCAGAAAGCUUAAGUUGCUCAUCUUUAUCUUCCGAAAAGAAACAGUCUUUACAUUUGGCAUCCCUUUCUAUCUCAUUGCCUCAAAUAACUGUACCUUCUCCUGAAAAAGUGCCAAAUUUGAAUUUUCAAGCAGUUAAAUUUAAAGCUGUUUGUAAAUCGGAUGAUACUUCUCUGAAAAGGGUAAUGACUGAUGAUUUGCAUACAGACACAAAGCUGAAACUUAGCUAUAGAUCUAUUUUAUCGCUAAAAUCAUUACGAAACAAGGAGAAACAAAAAUUUAUUUUACGAGAUACAGUGUUUUGCAAGAAUAGUUUCAGAUAUAAAGUUGAAACUGUUGCUCGUGUCUGUGUGAUCACAAACACUUUCAUAUUUUUAACACCAAUAAAUGAUCAAGAGCUUACAUUAUGUUUUCCUAAGAAAUUAAUUUCUCUUAAAAUACAAUCGAAAAUUAUGAUCAAUGCCACUCUCAGAAUCACUUACAUCCCAUGUGUGCCUUUAAACUUAUCUCAUGUUCUUUUGUUAGAAACAGAUGAUUAGUUUUUUUUUAUUUUAACUAUUAUGUGUCUGAUAAGAAAAAUAUUAAUUACAUUUGUCUUUUUUGAAUAUUAAUCUAGUCUUUUUUCUAGUUUUUAAUUGAUUACCUUGUUUCUACAAACAUAUCUAAGCAUCAAUAUCAUUUUAUAAGAAAAUUUUUUGUGAAAUGAAAACUGCUGUACAAUCCUACUAUAUUUGGUUUUUGUUCAACAUCUGCUUUAUUUUUCAAUUUCAUUGCAACAAUUUUGAAACAUAUUGUUAAAAAAUUUUUGUGUAUUUACUUCAUUAUGUAUAAAUUCACUUCUAGGGAAAAUAUAACUUUAUUACAUUUUCUUAAUUAACUUUUUUUAUUUAUUAUGAUUUAUAAAUGUUAAAAUUUUUUGUUUGAAAACAAUUAUUUUUUUAACUAAUCUAUGUUAUUAGCAACUUAAAAUAAUUAAAAUUAUUACUAUAAUGCCCUGUUUGCUGAAUAUCUCUCAUAUAAAUUUAAGGCAGCAAGUUUUAGUCAAAAAGUCUAGUCAAACCCAAUUUAAUCUAUUCAGAUUAUUAUUAAUUUUUUUUUUUGUAACAUUUGAUCUCUUAUAUUUUACAGGUAUAUUGCUAGCAAAUUGAAUUAUAAGAAGAGAUUUUUACAUGUUGCACUUGUUAGGACUUAGCAGAUCUUUAUCAAAUUUAACCCAUGAAAAAUUUAUUAAAAUAUUUUUUUUUAUGAAAAUGGUAUCAAAUUUAACCCAUGAAAAAUUUAUUAAAAUAUUUUUUUUUAUGAAAAUGGUAAAUUUUUAUUUUAAUCUAAUAAUACUGUUGUUGUGUGAAGAAGGUUGAUAGUUAAAAUCCUGCUAUUAUUUUUUUAAGUAGUGUAACAAGAUUAAUAUAGUUUUAAUUUUUAUAAACAUACUAUGAUUUUUUUAUAUAAACUUUUUGUUAAUAAUGCUUUAAAU